GGGGCUCCUGCGCAGGACCGGUAGCAAAGCUACAGAGAAGCUCCGGAAAGACACGAGCUCUGUCACGGUUUACUCACCUCCAUGUGUGUCUCCGACGAGACUGUGAAAUUAACCCGAGCAUAAAAUUGUUGCCUUCUCUAGGAGAAGAACAAGGUAGAACAUUUAUCAUUUUAACGCUGGGGGACCGACACUGACAUGGCGACAUCGAGCUCCUGUGUUGUGAUUAGCGAUGAGGAGCAGGGUUACGACUUGGAUCUUUUCUGUAUACCCAAGCACUACGCUGCCGACUUGGAGAAGGUUUACAUUCCUCACGGACUCAUCUUGGACAGGACAGAGAGGCUGGCGAGGGAGAUCAUGAAGGAAAUGGGGGGACACCACAUUGUGGCCCUUUGCGUUCUUAAGGGGGGUUACAAGUUUUUUGCGGACCUGCUGGACUACAUCAAAGCCCUGAACAGGAACAGUGACCGCUCCAUCCCCAUGACAGUGGACUUCAUUCGCCUCAAGAGUUACUGUAACGACCAGUCGACCGGUGAAAUCAAAGUGAUCGGAGGAGACGAUCUGUCAACUCUGACAGGAAAGAACGUCCUAAUUGUGGAGGAUAUAAUUGACACAGGCAAGACUAUGAAGACGUUAUUGCAGCUACUCAAACAGUACAAUCCCAAAAUGGUUAAAGUAGCAAGUUUGCUGGUGAAGAGAACGCCGAGGAGUGUCGGCUACCGACCGGACUUUGUAGGAUUUGAGGUCCCUGAUAAAUUUGUGGUGGGAUACGCUUUAGACUACAACGAAUACUUCAGAGAUCUGAACCACAUCUGCGUGAUUAGUGAAACAGGAAAGGAGAAGUACAAGGCAUGAGAAGCACUUCAGUACACUUUUUUUUUUUUUUUCCCCUUUGCAAUUAAUUUUGUAUUUGAUUAUUUCCCGUUGUGUCAUAAUGAAUGCUGAGCCUGCUCAGGGUCCCAGAGGAUACACCGAGGCGGUGGUUCUGCCGCUCUGUUUCCAUCGCCACGCACCUGCACAUGAUUGCCUUAAGAUAGAAACGAGCCCGCCACAAAUCAGUAUGACGCUUUUAAUGUUCCCACGCUGACAUUUUUUUAAAUGUUAUUUGUUUUUGUUUUGUUUUAAUUCAGUAAUUUAUUCAGGGAAAUGCUGCUAGCGUAAAUGUUAACAAUUGAGCUACCAAAAGAUUUUCAGCCUCCUAUUUUAAAAUGAACAAAAAAAACAAAAACCUUUUUUGUUCUUUUUGAACAUUUUUUAUUUUAUUUUAUUUUUGUCCAUCUUGGACAAAACCUGAACUCUGCUUUGGUACCGGCGUACGUACGAAGGCUUUCUUUGACCCGUUUCUUGUUGUAAUGACUCCUAAAUGUCUGCUGUUGUCCCCAGUCGGCGUGCUACAGAUUAAAUAUCCCUCUGUUGGACUGUAAAAUUCUUCUCCAUAUACUCCCAGUAAUUCUUUUAAUUUUUUAAUAGAUGGGGAGCCUUUAAAUCAGGGGUCCCCAAAGUGGGCCCUGGAGGGCCCCGGCAUCCUGCAUGUUUUAGUUCUCUCCCUGGUUUAACGCACCUGGAUCCAAUGAUGGCUCGUUAGAAGGCCUAAGAAGAACAUGGACAUGCUGAAAAGGUUGUUGGUGCGACCAGGGAGAGAACUAAACCAUGCAGGACGCCGGCCCUCCAGGAUCCACUUUGGGGAUCCCUGCGUUUAAAUACUACGAAGCAUCCUAAGUUUACAGGUAAAAAAUGAUGAGUUGCUUCCGGGGGUGAGUGUUCAGGGGUUGAACGGGGUCUGAGAUUGUAUUUGUUUGGUUCACAUCACAAUAAAUGCUCUUGUUCACUCGUG